AUGUUUAGAUCAAGUCAGUUGUUUAAAAAUAGUAUCCGUGGUAUGCGCAAUGCUCGUAUACCAAUUACUCAUUUAAAACCAUCGCCUUUUAUGCCUCUGAGAGCUCAAUUUUACUCGACCAAUGCAAAAAACGAACCACCGAAAUUACGUUUCCUCUUCUAUAUGUUCAUUUUUGCUUCGGGGGUGCUAUACGUUGCCGGAAAUAGAUUAGACAAAAAAAAGACCAAGAACAGUUUUACAGAGAAGGAAUUUGAAGAAUAUGAGAUCACAAGCGGAUUAAAGAGACGUAGUAAGUUAAUCUCCACCAAAGAUGCAGAAAAAUAUAAGUUCUACGUUGUUCCAUACGUUCAUCAGAACGAGUUUAUUACCAAAAUUGCUGAAAAACUUGGAGAUAAAGAAGUGAGAGUUAUCGAUCCGGAAGAACUCAUUAAACGUGAAAGAGAAGACGAAUCCAGACAUUACUCUUAUUUGUUGCAAGAUUUAAAGCAAGAAGGUAAGCAAUUACCAAAAGGUUUGGUCACGGCAUUGAUCAAAGAUGAUAUCAAAUUUUACUUGAAUACAAGAAAGGGAACGUUUGAUACUAAUUUUGUCAUUAAGAAUUAUCCUCAAACUACCGACGAGGCCAUUAAAUUCGAGAAUGACAUAUCCGACAUUCAGAAGUGUAUAGUACUUCAUUAUGACAUGCUUAAUGAAUUAAAAAAGAAUAAAGGUGAUGAAAAAGCAAGAUUAAUUAACAACGUUGUUGGCUACUUCGAAACUGUAAACAAGGCCAGUGUCAUUACCGCUAAGCACGACGAGUUAGAUGACAAAUUACAAGAAAUCUCAUUAGAAUUUAUCUAA